GGAGUCCACAUACCCCUAAACAGAGACGCAUCAAAACCGCUCGCACAGAGAUUCACCUGCGAGGAGAGUAGAGAGACACAGUUACAGUACGAUAUAUAUACAUGGCGGAGGAGGAGGAGGCGCGAGGCGGUUCCAUCGUUGAACCAGAGGAGGAGGAGGAGAAGAUGGAAUCUCGGAUAAAGCGCGCUAUGCACUCUCGCAUUAACCAUUUCAAGGAACAAGCCGAUUCUUUGACUUUUGAGGGUGUUCGGAGAUUAUUAGAGAAUGACUUGGAGUUGGAGACAUAUGCGUUGGAUGUGCACAAGAGAUUUAUUAAACAAUGUUUGUCGGAGUGUAUGGAUGGUGCUGAUGAUGACUAUGACUCCAUCAAUAUGAUGGAGACAGUGGAACAAAAUGUCUCUUUAACUAAAGGAGAAGUGGCAGAAUCUCCUGUAAAACUUCAGACAAAAAAAAAAUUAAGGGAACCUAGCUCUGAAGAUGAGGAGAAAAUGGAAGACUCUCCAGUAAUGGGCCUUCUCACCGGACAAAAAUCAACCAAAUCUGAAGCUGAUGAACUUCAUGGCAUUGGAAAGAAAGUCAUUCCAAGUGAGAGCAUAAUAAAGAAGGCUAUUAGUAAAAGAGCUGCUUAUUUCAGGGCUAAUUCUGAAAAGAUUACUGUAGCUGGUGUUCGUCGACUACUGGAGGAAGAUCUGGAGCUCGGUCAAUACACUCUUGAUCCCUUUAAGAAGUUCAUUAGCGAGCAACUCAAUAAGGUAUUAUCUGCUAAAGCUUCUAUAUCUGCAAAGGAUGUUAAGAAGAAUAGUUCUAAGAAAAAUUUUCAACACAAAUUAUCAAAACAUAUCAGCACCGAAGGAAGCUCUGAUUCUUUAGAUGGUGAAAGUGAGGACAUAGAAGAUGAAGGAAAAUCUAAAAAGAAAGUUCCCCCAAAGGGGAAAAUGCAGAAAUCUGAAGGACUCAAGAAACGUAAAAGAUCUCCUAAGGAGACAAAGGUCUCUAGCAAGAAACCGAACAAGCUUGCAGAAGAGACAUCAGAGGAAAAUAGUGAUGCAGAAGAUGGCAGAAAUGAAUCUGAAGAUGGUCAAUCUCAAUCCUCUGUGAAAAAAUCUGUGAAGAAAAAAGAAGUAUCAGCUCCCGCAUAUGGGAAACAAGUGGAACAUCUGAAAUCAAUCAUCAAAUCAUGUGGGAUGAGCGUUCCUCCUUCAGUUUACAAGAAAGUUAAGCAGGCCCCUGAAAACAAACGCGAGGCUUCCCUAAUAAAGGAGCUGGAGGAAAUACUUUCAAAGGAAGGGUUAUCUACAAAUCCUACUGAAAAAGAAAUGAAAGAAGUCAGAAAGCAAAAGCAAAGAGCAAAAGAACUUGAAGGCAUUGACAUGAGCAAUAUUGUUUCAAGUUCACGCAGACGGUCCACUUCCUUUUUUGUAGCUCCUCCAAAACCCAAAAUACCUGUUGAAAGUGAUGAUGAUACAGAUGAUACCAACAACAAUGAUGAGGGCGAGGAAAAUGAUGACGACAACGAAGAUGAUGCUGAAGAUGGUGACGACAGCCAAAGCGAAGAUUUCAAUGAAGAUGAGGAUGACAGCGAGUGAUCAUGCAUAAGUUGAUUUGCAAGAUGACUAUACCAAGAGCCUCCAUCAUGAAAUUACAAAUGUGUGUAUUUUGCAUUCUACAUCCUUAUAAUAUUUAAUUUAUUCUGUAAGAACUGGUGGUCUGUGAGAUAAACAUGCUUUGAACUUUAUUCUUAAGAUCUGCCGACUUAGCUGGUUUAGUAGACACAUGAAGGCAUAGAUGCUUGAUGAAAGUGUUGCUCCCUCCUCCUCCUCCUCCCUCUCUUUCUCGUUUGACCUUUGUAGUGGUAAAUAGCGAGAUAUCUAAGUAACGAACAGGUUAAAAGGACUAGAUGUUCAUGGUACGAUAUUUCCAUUUAUGUAGAUCGAACAAUAUUCUUCAACUUCAACUAGUUUAUGGAUGGAAAUUCAGCUGUUUUGCUCAA